AUGACUCUCACCAAGCAUCAGAUCAGUGUUAUCUCGGACCACCCGCUUAACGAUACGCUCGAUCGAUUUCGAGACAAGCUCAAGCUCGAUAAUUUCGAAGAAUCUCCGCACACACGACACGAAGAUAUCGCAGACCUCCUCCUCGCUUUAGUUGGCUCUACAGCAGCGUUUAAUCUUCCGGGCCCUGACGGAACGGCCAAUGUUGCAAUACCCCUGCUAUCUAUAAAGCAACAUGUUCCAGGAUUAAGCCGCGAGUUAUUCUUCCCCCUUGUCCGCUGCGUCAUUGACGAGACGCCGGACAUUGAAAUCUGGGAAGCUGUUAUCAGUCUCAUCGAAACGCUUAGCGCCCUCAUUUCUCCUCCUACUCGCAACGUGAUUUCAACCCUUGAUGGGACACCUGUUAAAAGCAACUCUAGCUGGCUUGCUGAUAGCGAGACCCGCGAUAUGAUCGAAAGGGAACUGUUCUUUGAGAUUAAGGACUGUGUCUAUCGCAAUGUUGACGGAUUUUGGGAUAAGUUCUUCUGCACGAAGAGCUGGAGCGAGGAGAAAAAGCAAAUGCUGGAAAAGACUAUGGCAGCUUAUAAUGGGAAGAAGUGGAAGCACUUCCCAACUAGUCCGGACGAAAAACACGUUUGGGCUUGGUUGCAGUCAUUAGAAGCAAGUUGCUUAACUGGCGCGCAAAAUAAGCUCUAUACCACUAGGACUGCCAACCAAUUCAAAGAACGUAAAGGCCAGAUGGAUCUCUUCUUUCGACGGCCAACUGGGAAAGAUAACAGUACGUUCACAUACAAGGAUGUUCUUAUCGUCGGGGAACAAAAGAAAUCGAUCGGUAAAUUUAAGGCUACCCUCCUCCAGCUUACAAGAUAUGUGCGAAGUGUCUUCGCUGAUCAGCCAACACGCCGGUUUGUUCACGGAUUCUUCUUAUGUGCUUCUACAAUGGAGUUGUGGGUUUUUGACCGCUCUGGCCUAUAUAGCUCAGGUACAUUUAAUAUCCAUACAGAACCAGAGAAGUUUGCUCGGGCUCUUGUUGGAUAUUCUACAAUGGAUAGCGAGGCGAUAGGUCUUGAUACAUUCAUCGAGCGGAAGAAAGGACAUCGCUAUAUUACUUUAAGGGAUAUAAACAGCAAAGAAUUAAGGAUUGAGCUGAAGAACCUGCUGGUCAGACAUAAAGCUAUAGUAUGUCGAGGAACUACUUGCUAUCAAACACAGAAUGGAAACGUUGCCAAGCUAUCGUGGGCAUCAGAUAAGCGUACAUUAGAGGUGGAACAUCUCAAGCUGGUAGCCCAAAGAGGCGUCAAAGGAGUGGCGAGACUUGAACUAUAUCAUCAAAUCACCAGCAUUGCUGAUAUGCGGAAAGGAUUAGUUUUUCCGAAGCCACACAGGUUCCAUGACUUGGCAUCACGCAACAUGGCGACAGAGGUCAAGAGUUCUCAGGCUGUUGGCUCAGAGAGCAUACACAAACUCGCCCACAAGCGCAGAUUAUCUUCUGACGACGCAUCACGGUCAAAAAGGUCGCGUUUGAACCGCCAAAGGUCAAACCUGAUUCGUCGUUCCGAUGACCGGUCCAAUGGAAAAGCCAAACCGAGCUUGUAUCCCUCAACUUUUGGGAACGCAUUUGAGAACAGGAUCUAUUCCUGCCUCGUUGUCUCGCCUGCCGGUCGCGUUAUUUGCGACUUUCUUUCAGUCAGGGAACUGCUGGAGGCAUUACGGGACGCUAUCAAGGCACACCAAUCUCUUUACACUACUGGCAACAUCCUGCACCGUGACAUCUCACCAAAUAACAUUAUCAUUACUGAUACAAAGGCAGCUAAUGCUAAUGGCUGUAGGGGUAUGCUUAUUGACCUUGAUCUUGCCAAAGUUCGGGAUAGUGGUCCUAGUAGGGCGCGACACCAGACCGGCACAAUGCAGUUUAUAGCUAUUGAAGUACUACAGAACGUUGAUCACACUUACCGUCACGAUCUUGAGUCGUUCUUUUAUGUUCUGCUGUGGAUGUGUGCACGAUACUCUUGGAUCAAUAGCUUUGGUGGCACAAACAAGGCCCCUAGAGAGAGCAUGUUAAGGAAGUGGGAGGCUGGCCGUUUUAAGGAUAUUGCAGACGCUAAACAAGGUCAUAUGACUGUAAAUGAACUUGAACGAAUUCUAGACGAAUUCCCAAAUUCAUUUCAUGCUGUCAAGCCCCUUUGCUUCAAAAUCAGGUCUAUCAUGUUUGGGGAAACGGCGAGACUGAAUAUCGGAACCCCUGCAGGUGAACCGGAUCAACUUUACAACGCCGUCAUAGGGGCCUUUGACGAGGCUAUUAAUGAGCUAUUUAAGUAA